GAUUUUUAUCAAACAUGUUUUGUUUGAUAUUUUCCUUUUUAUUCUUCAUUUUUUAUUGUGAAUGUAAGAUCCUGAAUCCUGUGAUAUUAGUACCUGGUGAUGGUGGAAGUGAAUUUGUAGCAAAACUAAACAAGACAACUGCUCCUCAUUCGUGGUGUGUUCUCCAUACAGAUAAUUACUUUAGUUUAUGGCUAAAUCUUGAAGAGUUAGCUCCCUUUGUAAUAGAUUGCUUCACUGAUAACAUGAAAGUAUUAUAUGACAGAGAGAAACAUGUAACUCGUAAUCCACCGGGUGUUGAAACAAAGAUUCCAGGAUGGGGAGAUACAAGGACGGUGGAGUGGCUUGAUCCUUCACAUAUUAGUCCUACAUCUUACUUUUCACCCAUUGUUAAUGCCAUGGUAAAAUGGGGAUAUGAGAGAAAUGUAUCAGUAAGAGGUGCUCCAUAUGACUUCAGGAAAGCUCCAAAUGAAUAUGCUGAUUUUUACCAGAAUUUGAGAACUUUAGUUGAGGAAACAUAUGCUCAAAAUAACAAUACUAAAGUAGUCUUGCUAGGCCACAGCAUGGGGAAUCCUACCACACUGUACUUCCUUAACCACCAGCCACAGUCAUGGAAAGAUAAAUUUAUUCAUUCACUUAUAUCAUUAGCUGGUGUAUGGGGAGGAUCUGUCAAACCACUAAGACUCUUUGCUUCAGGCGAUAAUCUGGGUGUAGCCUUUGUAAAAGCAUUAAAUGUGAGAGCCCAACAACGAUCUAUGCCUAGCUCUGCUUGGCUGAUGCCGUCAGAUAUGUUUUGGGGUGAGGAUGAAAUCCUAAUUGAAAGACCUGGAAGGAAUUAUACAGUCAAUGAUUACAAACAAUUCUUCAUGGAUAUUAAUUACAUGGAUGGGUGGUACAUGAGACAGGACACAGCAAAUCUUAUCAGAUCACUGACACCCCCUGGUGUGGAAGUUCAUUGUGUCCAUGGUUACGGCAUUAAAACGCCUGGAACUCUGGUGUAUACAGGCAAUAUGUGGCCAGAUUCACAACCAAAUGUGAGGAGAGAUGAUGGCGAUGGUACAGUGAAUAUCCGUAGUCUAAAAGGAUGUUUACAUUGGCAAGGGAAACAACCACAGAAGAUUUAUCAUGUUCCUGUCAAAAGAGCCAAGCAUAUGGAGAUUCUUGAUAAUAAAGAUGUUAUAGCUUAUUUAAAGAAAACUUUGACAAGUUGAUGUUUGAAAGUUUAGGUUUAAUUUGGGUCAGUUGCUGAAGAAUCAUUUUAUUUGUUGAUGCAAUAUUUUUUUUGAGGGGGGAGGGGAGUUAGAGCUACAUGUACUGUUCAUUUUUUUCUAAGAAAUAUAGCAGGCCUAAGAAUAACAUAACAGAAACCCAAGCUUAUUUUAUUACACAAAUCUAACAGCCUCUUUAGAAAAAUUACUAACGUAAGAGGUCAGGUUGACCUGGGGAAGCUAUAAAAAUGUGAGUUAAAAGGAGCAACUUUGAGUGCAUAAAAACCUAGUUUAAACCAGUCACUUAAUUGUUCAAGUGUCUGUUUUAAGUCGGGAACCUUAUCAGUAGCUUUCUUUAAGAUAUAAUACAUUUUUCUUGUUGUUAAGAAAAUUUGGUGUUCAUGGAAGAUAUUUGAUAAUCUCUGUUAAAUUAUUUUAGACUCAUUGGUUAAGAAUCAAUGUGAUUUAGAGCAUUGGCAUAGAGAGACCCUUGUCUAUUGUUGAAGACCUCAUGUGUAUACUUUAUCAAUUAGAUGUCUUUUUUCAUUUAGUUGAUUGCAGUUUACCUUACAUCUCUUUUAAAUCACAGUAUUUCAGAUUAAUUAGUGCAAUAUUGAUAUUGAAGUAUUUUUUUUGCAGUAAUAUCUGAAUACAGGAUACCAAUUUGAUAUUUUCUGCAAUUUAAGUAAAAUGUCUGGUUCAUUAUGAUGACAAACUAGACUCUCGCCAACUAAAUAGUUCACAAAUCCCAAUUUGAGGCUGAGCAACUUCUUUCAUUUUUGCAUUUGAGCAUAUUUCUGACAAUGAUGACAUCUUUAGAUCAAAUUGAAGCCACGUUUGGGCCUAUUUUCCUAUUAUUAUUUUUGGUAAAUAUAUGCAGUUGUACUUUCCAUAAACAUCUGAAAUAGUACUUUCCAAGAGUAUAUGUUUUCCAAAACUUGGAAAAUUAAAUCAACUUUUCUAAUCUUCUCUCUUUUGUCUAAUCAUGAUUUUAUCGAUGAUUUUUGCCAAAGUAUUGAAAGUUUUUUUGGCAUGAUACAAUAACUACAAAUAAGUGUUGCAAUAUGUUUUUAAAUAUUUUUUUCUAUUAUAUAUUUACAGAAUGUGUAAUGUAAAAAUAAUUUUCUUCUAAGUAUUUAUAUUUAGAGAUAUUCAAUCUAAAUGAAUGUGGGAGGAUUGGAACGGAAGUUUUUGCACAUGAGUCUUGAUUCAUUUAUAGUUGAGUGUCCAUUUUGCAGUAUUCAAAUUUAAUUAAAGAAAGCAUGUUGUUUUUUUGAAAGUCCCUUCCUACACUCCCACAUAUUUUAAAUUCUUAAUGGAGGUCCUUAAUAUACUAUUUAAUGAAUAGUUCUUAAUAUACUUUUACAGAACAUUGGCAGAUCCCUUGAUCAGCCUUUAAUUAAAAAAUCUUAAAAAAGAGACGAAAGAUACCAGAGGGACAUUCAAACUCAUAAACCAUAAGUCAUAAGUUACUCACGAUUUAUUUCAUUUUUUAGCAUAAUAUCGUCCACAAAUUGUUUCAUCCUCGCUCACCUUUCUAAAAUAUUCUUGAUUAACCACUGCAGAAAAUCUGGAUUCAAUUCAUGUAACUCUAUUAUUGCAGUAAACCAUCUGUUGGGUUCCAGUUAAUAGCUCUGAUGUUCAUUGAUCCAGAGUAAUGUGGAAGACAUUUUCUACUCUUUCUUUUAUUCAUUUAUUAGAUGAUGUAUGUACGGGUAAUCUGUGUUCAGAUCUUUAUAAUCAUAUGCAAUGUACGAUUUUGGUUUAUUUUGAUUCUGUUGUUAAAGAUUUUUCUAGCAUUCAAAGAAUCAAAUAACACCAUCAACUAUUGUACUCCUUGUAAUAAGAAAUGUGUAUAUACUCAUAUUUUUUUUAUAUAUUUAAAAUUUAGUUUACACUUUUUAAAAAUUGAUGGCAAUCCAUUGAAGAUUUAUAAGUAGUUGUCAUGGUUAUGAAAAAAAACAAUUCAGUUUUGUUAAUCGCAAAUUUUCAUUUUGUUGAAUUUGAUAUUUUUUUGACUGUUCCAAGAAGAAAUGAAUGCUACAACUAGAUCUUGUUCUUUUAAUCAGACAUAUUUAAUAUUAUAAUUUUAUGAUUGUAAAUAUGAUGCACGGUUCAUAUUUUUUGGCAGCGAAAAUUGAAUCAUUUCUUGUCCGAUAUGUAUAACCAGAUGGUGUUUAUUAGUGCAUAAUAUUUGAAAUCCGUAUUUAGUUAGAAUCAUAUUGUAGUGAAACCUUUCUACAUGUACAUCAAACCCCUUUCAACUGCAGAUUUUGUUAAGUUUUAGCGGGAUGGUAACUGUCUUUACCAAGCAUUUUGUUUACUAUAGACAGGGAUUUAACAUGCGAAUACCUGUCUGUACGAUGUGUCUUUAAGACUUAAAAGGAAGGAGGGAGAUUAAGGUUUUUUUUUCACUUUAUUCCUGUAUAGUGUGUAUAAUGUUGAAUAAAUUAUUUCUGAAAUAAUAACCAUCAUUUUAAGAUUAUGUAAACUCCAAUUAGGAUAUUAAAUGGCAAUUUUCAUUUUAAUUGAUAUGAUUUAAACUUGUUUACAUACAACAUAUUUGUCAUUUAUAUAUUUAGUGCUUUAUACAUGUUUAGGAUACCCAAAAAAAGUGGCAUUUAUGAUGUACAUGUCAAAAUCUUGGUCUCAAACGAACGAAUUUGUCAUACUGUAUACAGUAUAUGACUAGUGGUCAAAUGAGUUAGCUAGUUUCACAGUUCCUCAUAAAUAUGACAACUUGUAGUCUGUUUCAAGAUCUGAUGUAAAUUAAAUGCCGUGAGUAAACUGCUGACAAAUUUAUAAAAUGGUGCACUUUUAUCUAUAAAGGGCUAUUGCCACUCAUCAUUAUGCUCUUUUUAUAGUAUUCUUUUGUAGAUGGUACAUGUAUCUAAUUUUAUAUUUUAAGAAUGGCCAACAAAAGUUCUAAGUAAAUAUUACUAACUUAC